AGUAAAAUUUACUAAAAGUAUAUUAAAUUUUACUAAAAAGUAUAGUAAAAUUCCUUGAGGUCGCACAUCAUCCCACAAUUACUAGAUUUUGAGGGUAAAUUUUAAGAAAAAAUUCUCUCCGUGUAAUUAAAUUGUUUUUGCGAUAUCGCCUUGAUGCAAUUUAAAUUGCACUUAAAUGUCUGUUAGCAAGCACCAAGAAGAAAUUAUUAUUUAGUUAAUCGAAAUUUAUCUUACAUUCUCGUUUGUUUAAUUUUAAAUUAUUUAAUUCUUGAUUGAGAUUAUGAUCUGCGUAUCUGAAUCUGUAACUUUUUUCACGUCAUGUAAUGAGAUCUUGCAGCAUCUUUUCCUCGGGGAGAAUUUUAAACGUGUACCGCCAAAAUUCCAAUAUCCGAUCCAGUUGUUUUUGAGUAGUGAGCGUCGAUUAUGUUUUCUACAAAGCCCUAAAUCUGACACGUUCAACUUUUUGUGAUUGAAUUUUUAAAAGAGCGUGCUUUUUUCGGACCCGGUCAAUCCGUGCGGUUUAACGGGAGAGAUAAUAAGGCCUAAGGCAUAAAAAGGUAUUUCACCGUUACGGUGUCCUUCGCGAUCAAUUUGCCUUUUCGACGUCGGUCGUUUCUUUUCAUAGCGUUCUCGUUUCUCUCGUCUUUUUUUUCCCGCCGUACCGCAUCCACGUCCAUUGUCGCUCUCUUUUUCUAUCCUUUUAAGAGUCCCGACAUAUUAGAAUCUACCUGUGGAAACUGCUACUUCGGCGGAUGGUGAAUUUCCCUCGGGAGUACGCGAGAAAUGAUCUCGUUGCGUCGACAUUUCGAAUAAAUGGGAAACCGUGUUAAAAUUGUUGCCGCUACCGUCACCAGUCGCUGUGCUAAGGCGAUUCGCUAUGCUUAAGCGCCGCCGAGGAGAUAGUAAUGGUGUUUCCAGAUGGAGAGUGUUUCCUAGAUCUGCCGCAUCAUCUACGGGAGGAAAGUGGUAUUACAUAUCCGAGAAACCCUCGUGAGAAACGCUCGUUUCUCGCGUUCGAUUUUGUUCGCGGUGACGGGAAUUUGAUUUUUCGUUUUUCUGAUAUAACUCCUCCAUUUCGCGUUCAAAUUGAGAAACAAAAAGCUUCUCGCACGAGAUCGCACGAGAAGAGAUUUGGGCAAAUCAAUCCUCCCCGCUUUUCUAAUUCAAGCGCGCGUGGCGGGCUGCAAAUAUUUAAUUAACGUUUGAAAUUUAAUUAACGGAGACGUUUGCAAGGUAUCGAAAAUCAAUCGGUUAUUGCGCGCACGAUCUCGGAAAGAUUAAAAUUUCAGUGACAAUAUCGUGCGUCGCCACGUUUUUGCUUUUGUGUGGAUUUUGAAAAAAAAAAAAGAGAGAGACACGACGCGACGGAGCCGCUGGUUCCGCGCUGGUUCUGGUAAACUUUUUUCGUAUCCGCGGAGCAACAGAUCAUUGGCCACAGAUUGUAAACACAUAUACAACAGUAUGAAGCGAGGAGGAAGUUCGUCGAUGCGGCUUAGGUGCGCUGAACUUUGCACCGCGCUUCUUCCCUCGUGCCUUUCCUUCGCGCGGAUUCGCCGCGAAUGCCGGUGGGAAACUCGACGACUUCUCAAUAGAGGCCGACUCCCAAGGCGAUCCAGGGUCGUUCUCUCACGGUGCGCGCACCGUUUUGUGCGCGUGUGUACGUGCGAGGCACAAAAUGGGAUCUGCCAGCGAGACAAAUGUGUACGUACGUACGUGCGUGCGUGCGUGCGUGCGUGCGCGUCCACUUUCACCCACGUUGCACAUUUUAACAGCGCAAAAUGUCGCCCGGCGUUAUCGGUUAUAACGUUUCAGCUACCUAUCUAGGAUUUCGACGUUUAACUGCCGCCGCCCCCUGUGAUUGACACAUAAUUUACGAGACCGCGGGACUCGGUGCGAUCAAAUGCAAAUCACACGUAUCCCCCGCGUACGGAGCGUCGGAUCAAACGCAUGUGUGACGGUCUAUUAGAAAAUUCAAAGUACAUUGGAUACGGUGAGGUUAUUACGCGGAAUAUUCCUGAAUUGUAAUUCUCUCUUCGAAACUCGUUAAAAACUCGCGAACUUUUGAUUUAUUUUUCGAAUAAAACCAUUGUGAUAUUACCCAAUGUUACUUUCCCAUUGCUUAUGCAUGUGGAAUAAAAAAAAAAAAGUUAUUUAAUCAUCGCUCCUCCUAUCGGUCCAGUCGAGCUCUCGCCUUGCGCCACCGAGAUAUGAGAAAUACUUUUCCCGUACUAAUUAUUUACGGGGCAACGUUUAAAAGAAAGCGCUGGAGCGCCAGUGAUGAAGUCUUACAACAGGCAUCUCGUAGGACACAGUGGUCUAAUAUUAGAGGCACCAGGUCCUCUUGAAAGACCCCAUGGAAACAUUAUCUCAUCCCUUUUGAGCGCAUCCCGCGCAUCUCCCCAUAGGUUUUUUCUCCUUCGCUUCUCCGCGCUCCGCUCUUCCAUCGCAUCCAGCAACCUCUCAUAACUGUACCUUUCAAAGCAUCACGAUGGAAUUCGUGGUGAGCGUGCUGAAAUGAUCAAAUCACGCCAUCAUCCCGAUGUUUCUUAUACGAAAGUAUUGCGGGUCUCUCUACAUGCUUCGUGCGAUUCCUCUUCUCUCCUCUGUCAGAAAAGUAUUGAUUAGUAAUUAGUAAUAAUUUCACGUGUCCUUGUAUUAAUUUAGUUCGUUUAUUGCAAUUCGAAAAAUUUUCUUCACUUUUGGGGGAUCAAAAGAAACUUCCACCUUUCAAAGAUUAAUUAGUUUUGUCCUAAACAAACGGGAAGGAAUAAAACGCAUAACGAGAAGUGAAAUUUUCUCGAUAAUUUACUUCGAUCUGACGAGUCACGCUAAAAUAAUGAAAUGUAUAAUCGUGUAAGGUACUUAAAAUCGAUUGCUGUCGAACGACCUUGGUUAAUUAGUUCUGCUAUUAGCGACACGAUGUCCUUCUAUCGUAGCUGUACCUAUAUAAUAUAAUAGUCGUCGUAGCAGUAAUAGUGAUAAAUGUAUUUAGAAUCCGGGGCACACGUGCACACGACGAUGAACGCGAGCAAAUGGAGAAGAAUAAAUUGAAUAAUAAGAACUUAUGUGUUUGCGCGCGCGAUAUUCUUUAUGAAACAAUAACGGCUUUCCUCGGCCGAAAGAAAGAAAGAAAAAAAAAAGAAAGACGAACUUUUUCGAUUACUUUUGUUUUUUUCAAAUAACCAAAGGCAAUCGAGAGAAGACGAGCGCGUGUGUACACCUGAACACCAACGUCCGGAUGCUCACGUAUCCCAUACAUUUCGUAACGGAUGAUGCAUCGAGCGAUGCGUCGCAGUUGCAUCGCACGCAACCCGGCGUGUCCCGAGAGCGGCCGAGAGAGACGCACGCGCCGAACGUGACACGUAGCAUGCGGGCACGCACUCGCGCACGUACGUACAUAUGCACGCGCGCCGUGCAUAUUUAUGGUCACGAUUCGAAUUACGAUACGCAUUUCCGUUUUAACGAGAGCGAGCGAGUCCGAGAGAGGGAGCGGGAGCGGAGGACGGGACUGCGGUGCGGGGUCCUCCUCUUCGAGCGAGCGUGGAGAGGAAACGAGAGGAGAGGAGAGACACGCGGAUUUCCAGCCUCCGACAAAGGCCCGGGCUUUAGAGAGUUGAAAACCUGGUCAAACGAGGGCGGCCAGGCUAGCUUUACGGCUUCGCGCGGUGGCGAUGCGCAUACACACUUUCCAUGCAUCUGUGCGCUCGCUUCGUGCCUCGAUGCCCCCGGCAAUCCCUGCUUUUAAUCAUAUAAAUGAAAAAAAAAAAAAAAAAGAUUGGGUAAAAUGUUACGUCGAAAGCAAGAUUGUGAGAUAACAAAAUUUAUCUUUGCGGAAGGGAGGAGGCUGCUCGAAGCCUCUCUCGCGGUGAUAUAUUGUAUAAUUUGUGAAGAAAAGAAAAUUACGUGAGAUUUUUUAAAAGAUAUAUAUAUAUAUUUUUUAUCAGCAAAAUAAGAUCUAAUAUUUAUCUUUGAGGAAUACAUAUUUUUUCGAGUUAAAGUGAUAUUUAGAUAAGCUAUUUAUUUAAUAAAAUAGUCUCAUGUUUCACGUGUAGUCAAAUACUUGGCUAAUUAUAUGAUCUGUAUAUUUGUGUUUGAACAAUCUUAAAAUAUACAUUUUUUACAUGUAGGAUUCUUUUUAGAUUUAAUAUUAUAUUUAAAUUGAUUAUUUUAAAAAAGAUAGGUUUUUUGGGAUUUAGAUUUAAAUUUCAGUAAAAUGAAAAGCUAAUUCUUUAUUCGCUGUGACUUGAAAGGUAUUUAGACUAACAAUAAUAGAUCUUAUUGACAAGAUUUUCUCACGCGUUCAACAAUUCGCCGUGGAUCGCUGCUUAGCAUAAACAGCGGUGAAGUCUCGGUAUCGACAUCAACCGCGGCUCUCGAGAAAUCCACGUAGACAGCGGCGUAAACAUCGAUCGAAACGCGGAGCUAUGCGCCUUCUUAACGACGUAUCAGCGAACGUCCUCUCCUGGAACAGGAGCUACCGACUGGAGGAGAACGACGCCGGUAGCGAAGGACUUAUGGGAAUGGUGCUCGUUAGCAGAAGCGCGCGGCGAGAGAGAAGAUGCCGGGAUCGCUGGGAUUAGGGCGUGCAGCAACAAUGGACGAGUCUGUCGUCCUUGUAUGGCAAGGAUUCUCUUCUCCGUCGACUUUUCUCCGUCUCGCUUCAUCUCCUCCCCCGUUUCCUCUCGCUCUCUUCCUCACGGAGGGCGCUCGCCUACUGUUACCGUUUUCUCCGAUCUCGCGGCUCUUUUGUUGCCACACUGCCGCAUUGUCGUGGCGAAGACUAUCCGCCAUUAUCAUCGACAAUAGCAACAGGCGAUUGUUUCUUAACCCAUUGAGCUCGAUAAUCACUUAUUCAGUCGCCCAGGAAUAAUUAUUAAAGCUCGUGGAUGGCAGAAUUUGAAGAAUCCGCAUGUUUGUAGUCUGAUGUUGCGUGAAAGAAUUAAUUCCUGACAGUUCCUGAAUUUUUCAUAUUUAAUUUAGAUUUAUGAUAAAUAACAAUCUUAAUUAGAUUUAGCGAUUCUCUCGUCGUUCAUCAUGUCAUAAAAUAAUAUGAAUAAUGUUCAUAUUAUUUUAAUGUUAUUGCGCAUAAACUCUGAUUGAUGUGUUCUCGUUCUUAAUUAUAAAAAAAAAGGGGAAGUUGUUAUGCCUAAUUAGUGCAGCUAUAUAGAAAAGCGUGAUAGAUGAGAUUUUUACAUAAGUGAAAGAAAGCAGGGUUAAGUAGUAAAGCGAGUAAGCGAAUAUACUUCGUUCCGAGAUGUCCGUUAUUUGGUAAAAUGAUUACGUUUCAUACUGACGUAAGUCUAGAGAAAGAGUUAGACAGAGAUUAAUUUUUACAAUUACUUUCUAGCCAUAACUUGGAAAGCGUACCCGUUUUCCCCCGAAUUUUUUUCCCGCUUUUGUUGCGCGUCGUGAAACGCGCGCGACGCACUUGUUCGCACACAAAGCGGACUUUCGUGGCAGCGAGGCAGAAAGCAUGUGGGGUGGGAUAUGUACCAACACAUAACUAACAUAUAACUAAUAAUCGCGCCGCUGGAUCGCUGUACCGGAAGGCACGCUCUGCGUGUUCCGCUGGAAAUGGAAAUUCUUCCUGCCUCCGUUCCAUCGUCUCGUUAAUUGCCAUCUUCGUCGAUUAGGUUCACGCGCUUCUUAUUCUCACCUUGAGUUUCUUGUUUCUCUCUUAGCACGUUCGUGCAGCGGGAGCUCAAAUUGACCUGUUACAAUCGUAGAUAUGCUUUCGUGCGCUCAAGGUAGUUUUUGUCGUGUAAGACCGGAUUUUGCGAGUGCCUAGAGGGAUUCAUUUAAAAUUUAUAUUUUUUUUUUACAUGGUAAACUUGCCAGAAACGUAACGUUAAUUAACAUCAGCCGUUAGAAAGAUUGAUGUAAACAUAUCCUUUAUUAUUGUAACAUUUGAAUUAUGAGAGCGAAAUUUCUAGAUCCGAUAAUUUAAAAAAAUGUUUUUGAAGUAAUCAACAACUUUAUUUUUUUGUAAUAUUUAUUUUUUAACGUUUGAAGAUAUAUUGGAAAGUUUUUAUGAAAAUCUCAAGUACACAUAAGUUCAAGAAAUACGAAUUUAAAAGUGCACGAGAACCUGCGUUUUACACACUUAUAUCAAUGUUUAUUAACCUAUAUUUAAUUUACAUUUUAUCACAAAAAUAAUCGUCAACUGACUAAAAAGCUAAUUCGGGCAAUAUUAUAUAAAAAAUUGGAAUUGAUUUCAAAACUUUUGUUCAAUAAAGCUAUUUUAAUGUUGUUCUAUAAGAUUGGCUUAAAUAUGUAAAUUUAGAUAUUUCGCGCAAUUGUCAAGUUUAUUUUUAAUUUUGUAUCAUUUUAUUUUCUUAUAUAUUCAUUAUUCUUAUUAGAUCUGUGAUAAUUAUGUCGUGCAACGGUAUUUCCUGUGUCUCUUCGAAAACGCAAACAGCCGAUUUCAAUUUCACACACGGCAGAAAGUGAAACAUAACGAUAUCAAGUGAGGUCUCCUCUCCGCACGGAAUUAUACGCAUAACGUUUCAAGUAGUAAAACUGGGGGAUUCCCUCGUUACUAUUUCCCGUUGAGAUACUAGAAAACGAACGGCCUGAAGCACAUUGUCUCUCUGCCAUUAAGAUAAUAAUUCGUGUCGUUCUCUCACACGAGGAUUUCGCAGAAAAUUUUAUUCACGCGUCCCCACGUGGCUCAAGUAGUCUAUUAAAAGGUCACAGGUCUCGCCGAUUUCACAUUGGGCGUUUUUCAAAAUUGACAGCUUCCGCUCGAGCUCUCUGACUCGGGAGUCCGAAAAGCUAUCGUUGGGCGGAUAAUAAUCGCGUUAGACCUUAUAUUGCGUAACGCGAGCGAAUUGGUCGGUCGUGGCUUUUUAUUUGCCCCGUCGGUGAAAAAGCGCGCCGGGCAUCGAGCGUCUCUCACGUUUCUCCCCCGAGAGAGGAGAAAACGAGCCGCUCCUUUUCGAGCGCGUGCUCAAGAGCUUCCGUAAGCUCCCUGAAUUUCUACGCCCGUCCGGGGAGGCCUACGUACCCUCUUCCUACAAACCCCCAUUCUUCCGGCCGGGGCUUCUUGCGCGCUGCGGAUUGCACCGCUGUUACCAGAGAUUUUCCCACGGAUUCGAAGCGUCGGCAGACCUUCGCGAAAUCGCGAAAAAAAAAAGGGAAGCGACGGCACAAGAGCGCCGUCGCGUCCGUGCGCCGCAUAUCGGCUUUGUUUUAUUGUGCCGAUCCUUUUUUAUAUUGACAUAUCAUGACAAAUCGUGGUCGUCGGGGUGCGGCAGAUCGUCAGAUGAAUAAUGAUGCUUUGAGUGAUGCGCGCGCGUCGUCGAGCUGUAGGAGAACGGAGACUAAAAAGCCGCGAACCCUAGAGAGGGUUCGGUAAAAACACGAGGGUAAAAGAAUUAAGUGGCUAUAUCUUUUUUCUUCCUCGGGCGCUUUCAAUACAUCACCAUUUGUAAGCAGCAAAAUUUUUAUCUACACGAAAGUAUACCUUUCUUUUUUCAUUGGAAAAAAAAAACGUAAAUGGAAAAAAAAGUUUAUAAAACCCUGAACUUUCUUCUCUUCGGUCUCUCGUCGUUACAAAUUAUUUAUCAAACUCGAUAAUAUUAUAUUAAUGAAUAAAGAAAUCAUAUAGACAUUAUAUUAAAUAGUAUAGGAGGCAAGAAUCAGUUGCAGUUUCUAAUAACCACGAGAAAAAAAAGUUACAUGUCACUUCACAUAAUAACACGUUGCACACUGAGGAAAAAAAAUGUGUGACAUUUGUGACUAUAAUUGUGUAGUAAAAUAAUUAUAGUCAGGAAUAUUAUUUUUAGAGUAAUUAUUACUUUAAUUUUGGUAAUAAUAACUACAUGGCUAUAGUAAAUGUUGAUAGUGAUUGUUUUAUGGUAGAACUCUAUCAAAAUCUUUGUUUUGCUUAUGGCAACCACAUCAUAAGUUGUAUAAACCAAUAUUAUGAUUAUGAGAACUUUAAUGUAAUUUAAACAAACUGCAAUUUAUAUUAUUGAAUAACUGUAAAGAUAUGGUUCGGUCCAAAAACGACUGUAAAUUACAGCGAUAUAUCACGGUUACGGGAAUUAUUUUUUUUUUUCUCUCGGUGCAGUGGAGCGCUUUCGACGCUUCCGAAAUUUGAGGAAGGCGACGCGUUUAUCGCGCGCUGCUGCUUUGACACGAUAGCCCCCGGCUAUCGUUGCAUCUGCAUGACAUUCUAUUCCCUUUUAUACCUGGAUUUUAUCGCCGGUGUAUAAAAUCACCCGUGUGCCGGCCUCUCUCUCUCUCUUUCUCUCUUCCCCGUUAUCGCAUUUCCGCGUAAAACGUACGGGCGUGCGAUAAAGCCGAAAGAAACGACGGACGACACCGCCGUUAGUCUCCGAUCGAGGAGUCCCAUAAGUCGCAUGGUAAAUGUAUGCGGGCCACGUACGAAAGAGCCACUACUAAGAAUCACUUGACUCUACUCGACCCCGUCGCCAACUCGAUCCAAAUAUCACGCGCGCGCACCAUGGGAAAAAAAUUAUUGUGCAGUAUUUCUUUAUAACUGCGCUCUCUCUCUCUCUCUCCACUUGUGAGAAUUGCCUGUUCUUUGUGUAGGACGCGUGCGAUUCCUCUUCCGUUCUUUUUCGCGUUUUUUCCCCUCCCCUCUUUUAAAUGUAGAGUGUUCGUGGAAAACUUUUGCAAUAAAAACAGAAGGAAAAGAGUAAGAUUAGCAGAGAGUUAUGUUGAUAAACACAUCGAAGACGCGAAAGACGGUGUCCGGUAUCCCGGAUACAACGCGGCGCGACUAAUCUUUGAAAUUAAUCGAUCGAUGGCUGGCUCGCUGAUCUUCGAACUCGAGCGCGUAAUCCUGAGAACACACUGGUUUACUUUAGAACGCUGCUUAUGGAGCUACCAGGCCGGCGUGAUCCGUCGUGAGGACAGAGGCAUCGAUUUUGAAUAUCUCGCUCGUGCGCCCGAUAUUAACAAAGUUUCCGAAAGGCCGAAGAGAAGACGAUGAUGAUGAUGAUGAUGACGAUGAUGAUGAUGGAAAGACAUCGAGAAUGCAGGCGAUUCACGCGAAUGCGUAUGGUCACGAUAUAGACGAUGGACGAACCUAGUGCAUCCUGGCGAAAAGAUCACUGAGAGGAUGCACAAGCACACCAGCCAGCUUCGCGGUCCGGGUGGCCAUAAUGGCGGCUAUCACGGCGCCAACAAGGGCCCGGUGAGGAGAUGGAACAGCUUCCAUGGUGGUGGCGGCGGUGGCGGUGGCGGUGGCGGUGGCACGGGCACGGGCAAUUUCAACGAUGGCGUUGGGAACGGCGGCAUAAUCACGAAAGCCUGUCAGGAGCCCUUCAGGGCCGUGCCUAAGGCGGUGCAAGCCCUCAGGAGCGAGUCCGUCGACAGGGCUCAUCGAGCUCAACCGCCGCCACCACCCGCAUUCCCCAGGAGGAGAUUUUCCGUGUGCUUCGGGAAGCGGACGGGUGGCAGCGCCAGACGACCCAACGAAUGCUUCGUCCUCGAGCCAUCCGAGAUGAUUGUCAUCGACUACCCGGAAGUUCAUGGCGGAGGGAGGAUGCAUCGACCACCGCAUCCCCAUCCCAUAACCGAUCACCGUCAGGUCAACCUGGUCUUCGAUGACACGUUCUCCCAGGGCCUCACGGGCAGGCCGGAGCUGUAUCAGAAAUCAAACAGGAGCAGCCAUUCGAGUGACACAAGUUCAGCGUAUAGUGGAUCCGACACCAUGACAUCUGUACAAAGUUCGUUAGACGCAGAUCCUGAUGAGGUGGAUCUUUCAGGUCUUGUGGAGUCCAUUGUUGAUAGCGAUGAGGAGGAGGAUCUGGCAGAGAGCAUGGACAGUUUAACAGUGCGCGAUCCCGUACGAGAAUGUUUAGAAAAGGAUCCUGUUGAGAGAACAGAGGACGAUAUAGAGACGCUUUUAGAAUUCACACAACAAUUGAAAGCCUUCACAAAUAUGACUUUGGCUGUUAGAAGAGCGCUGUGUGCCGUAAUGGUGUUCGCGGUAGUUGAUCGUGCCGGUAUGGUGGUCUUGAACGACAACGAGGAACUCGACAGUUGGAGCGUGCUAAUCAAUGGGGCUGUUGAGAUUGAGCACAGCAAUGGCGAGAUUGAACAACUCGGUCUCGGCGAUAGUUUUGGUAUCUUGCCUACUAUGGAGAGAUUAUUACAUCGCGGAGUUAUGAGAACAAAGUGCGACGAUUGCCAAUUUGUUUGCGUCACACAAGCAGAUUAUUUUCGAAUACAACAUCAAGGUGAAGAGAAUACUAGGAGGCAUGAAGAGAACGGAAGGGUGAUUCUAGUGACUGAAUUGCGAGGAGCAUUGGAUGGUGGAGCGCGAAAAGGCCACGUGGUAAUUCGGGGAACGCCAGAGCGUUUGAUGUUACAGCUCAUUGAAGAAAACAGUAUUACCGAUCCUACUUAUGUAGAGGAUUUCUUAUUGACUCAUCGAACGUUCAUUGAUAGUCCGUUGUUAGUUGCAAGUCAAUUGCUGGAGUGGUUUGAUCAAGCACAAGUGCGAGAUCGCGUUGCUCGUGUCGUGCUCUUAUGGGUGAACAAUCAUUUUACUGAUUUUGAGACUGAUCCCGCUAUGAUGGAAUUUUUAGAAGCAUUCGAAAAUGGGCUGGAAAAAGAGAAAAUGUUAGGACAGCAAAGGUUGUUAAAUAUAGCAUGUGCGGCGAAAGCAAGGACACGAAACGUAACGUUAGCUAGGCCAAACAGGGAAGAAGUCUUAAAUUUUAGCAUUUUAGGAGGAUUUGAAAGAGGUUUUGGUAUAUUUAUCUCAAAAGUUGAUAAGAGAUCUAAGGCUGAAGAUGUUGGUUUAAAGAGAGGUGACCAGAUUUUAGAAGUAAACGGCCAAAGUUUUGAGCACGUAAAUCAUGCAAAAGCUCUCGAGCUUUUAAGAUCUUCUACACAUCUCAGUAUAACUGUCAAAUCUAAUUUGCUUGCUUUCAAAGAAAUGCUUCAAAUGCCAGACAAUUCUCCAAGACCCCGAGGUAGAACGAAUAAGCCAGAAAUACCUAGGCUUCCAUCGGAUCCACGAGUUAGAUUGUCAACGCAUGUAGAUCCUAUGACUCCUGUGAAUCCUUUAAAUCCUAUGAUUGGUGGAGUACCGUUAUUAAUUCCGGACAACAAUGUAUCUCCAUGCAAAGAUGCUAAAAAAGAGCACAAGGGCUUUAUGACUCUUGGACCUAAACGGCGAUUACAGAAAGCACUUAUGAAAAUGAACAUACUGCCAAAGAAUACGAUCAACGACGGUGUACAUGUAGAUGAUUCUCUUGCGCCACCACAUACACCACCGGGAACAGGGCUUACACAAACUACUACUAAUCUAUACCAUUCGAAGAGUAAUCCAGAUCUUACGUCACUUUAUUGUUACGAUGACUUGAGGGCAAACGAUUAUCCUGAACAUGUGCUCAAAGUAUAUAAAGCUGAUCAAACCUGCAAGUAUCUCCUUAUUCACAAAGAAACGACAGCUCAUGAGGUGGUGAUGCUUGCACUUCAAGAAUUUGGUAUAACAGAGAGCAGUUCCAAUUUUUCUCUUGCGGAAGUAAGCGUUGGUGAAGGUGGCAUGAUCAAGCAACGUAGAUUGCCAGAUCAGAUGCAGAAUCUUGCGGAACGAAUUGGAUUAAGUUCUCGAUACUAUUUAAAGACCAACGGGAUUUCCGAAACUUUAGUAGCUGACGAUCAAGCUCCGGAACUUAUUCGAGAGUCUCAAGUACACUUUUUGCAAUUGAAUGCUGUGGAAGUAGCAAUACAACUGACUUUACAAGACUUCAGUAUAUUCAGACAAAUCGAAUCCACAGAGUAUGUGGAUGAUUUGUUUGAAUUGAAAAGUAGGUACGGUAUGCCUAUGCUCAGUCAGUUUGCAGAACUAGUCAACAGAGAAAUGUUUUGGGUCGUAACGGAAGUUUGUUCCGAGCAUAAUCUCGUACGGCGCAGUAAGAUUAUAAAACAAUUUAUUAAAAUAGCGCGCCAAUGCAAGGAGUGCAAAAAUUUCAAUUCCAUGUUUGCGAUCGUAUCCGGUUUGGGUCAUGGCUCAGUAUCGAGGUUACGAGCUUCGUGGGAAAAACUGCCAACUAAGUAUCAAAGACUAUUCAGCGAUCUACAAGAAUUAAUGGAUCCCAGUCGUAACAUGAGUAAAUACCGACAAUUGGUGUUGUCUGAACAAACGCAACCACCGAUAAUACCUUUUUAUCCAGUUGUGAAAAAAGAUUUGACCUUCAUACAUCUUGGUAAUGAUUCAAGAGUAGAAGGUCUAGUAAAUUUUGAAAAACUCAGGAUGAUAGCGAAGGAAGUGAGAACAUUAACGAACAUGUGUUCCUCACCUUAUGAUUUAUUAACCAUGCUGGAAAGGGGCGGGCAACCACCAAGUUCCGCGAUGGUAGCUCUGAAUCAAAUGACUACUGGUAAUCAAGGCGGCCAAACUGCAACAGUGAAACGACGAAAAAAAUCUACAGCUGCACCAAAUCCGAAGAAAAUGUUUGAGGAAGCACAGAUGGUCCGAAGGGUGAAGGCCUAUCUCGCAAACAUGAAAGUUAUCACUGAUGAGGAACGGUUGCAUCAACUUUCUGUCGAUUGCGAGCCACAUGCAGGAGCCGUUGCAGUUGCAGCUGCGGUACCACUGGGUGGUAGUCGGGGAAGACGACAUCCGUCGCCUACUCUGUCGACCACGAGUAGCGCCAGUAGUACCAGCGAAGGCAGGAAGAGUAUACAAGGUACAAAAUUCGGCGCCGCGUCGCCGCAGGCAGUUAGGAAGAUGUUGGCUUUGUCCGAUCCUCACAAGACACGACCAUAUCAACCUAAGCACUGUCCGCCACCGCUACCUGUACCGGGAUUAGCGCUGCAUUCGAGCGGUUUGGAGCCAAGUCCGGGUGCACCUAGGAGAGUAGGAUCUGGCAGCAGAGUACCGAUGCAUGAACGAUCCCACAGCGAUACUCCUGCCAGCCUACCGCCGCCGGUUGACCUUAGCGCGGAGAGCAGUAGCGUAACUAGCUUAAGCAAUUUACAGCCACUGAGGAAAACUUUAACAAGCGGUACUACGGGAUUAGGAGUAAACAUGGGCCUAGGGAUGCCAGCCCCGUUACCACCGCCCGGAGCGGGGACUACGACCAUAAUGACGACGAUGAGUGCCAUGGCGGGCAACAUGACGUCGUCGUCGAUGCGAUCUGGCAUGAGUAACGCGCCGCAAUGCCGUCAACCACCGGCAUACAAAGUCGCGCAGCAGAUGGCGAGAUUGCACAGACUCGGUCGUGCUAACAGCCACGAGGGGGUCACCUAUCGGGGCACCGAUCACGAAGAUGAUGACGAAGACGCUCAAGUGUCGGCGGUUUAAGUGGUCCACGAGUUUCGUCUCGAUUACCGUUUAGUUAAUUUUGUCAUACGAUUUCUUUUUACACGGUUAAAAGAGAAAUCGUUUCCGGAUGAUACCAUGCGCGGACCGUUAAUGAAGAGAGACUACAAGAAAGAUUGACGACGCUUGCAAACUUUCUUCUUGUAACGGCGAAUAUCUUUUUGUAUUCGUAACGGUAGCAUCCUAAUUCAAUGGUUCAUGGUCGUUAACAUGUGACACUUUUUCUUGAGGUGCAGACCAAUUUUCGCGUUGGUAGAACCUACUUAGACUUUAUUAGGUGUAAAGGCGUUUAUUUUUAUUUAAACGGAACGCUUGUCUUCCAAGGGUCCCCGAGGCGAACCUGAAGGAGGAAUCACCGAGAAUCUCAAGCGUUAAAAAUAUUUGUACAACGUAUCGUGGAAAACGGCAAAUAAAUGAUAAAUGUCGGUAAGCGGGAGAAAACGGUAGGAAAAUACUUUUCUUUUAUUAGACUGAAAGAACGCUUCUCGAGUAAGCGCUCGUAGGCUUUCACGAGAUGGCGAGAAGCAAAUUAAAUGAGGGAGAAGAGAAAACGAUCGCGUAAUAUUCUAUAUAAAUGUGUAAUAAAACCAAGUCCAAAGAUGUGUUAUAUAUACUGCAGAGAAAGUACGAAUAUAUGACGGCGUGUCCUGUAAUAUAUACUUGGUAGGUUAAUAUUUAGUGUCCCCUAAUAGUAUAAGUUGGUGUAAAUAGCGUAGUGUUAUAGUAUUUAGAGAAAAAGAUCAGAGGGACUACGAGAGAUGAGACAAAGAUUCAUUGUUUAGAAUAUAAUGCGGUCUUGUGUUUAACAUGGUGGUUUCACUAGCAUGUAUGUGUUUAAGAAGUAAAAAGAUUCGUCUUCUUAUCGGUAAAAAAUGGAAAUGUCUCAUAAUCGUUUUAAAUUUUGUUUGCACGUUAUUUGAAACGGUUUAUUCCAUUUUAAGCGCCUUCCUUUUAAAAGAUUUCUAUAGCCAAUCUGGCUCUGGUACAGACAAUUCAAGUUUUACAAGAAAAGUUGAUGUACUUUUACGCUUUUGCUGAAUUUUAAUGACAACGUAAUCAAGUACAAAGAAAAAGAAUUUCUCGAAAACUACGAUCGAGAUAAUUGUUUUUCAUAAUAGCACAGUUUUUUUAAGCGUGUCUAUAUAACCCACGAAACUAUACUUUGCUCCAUUUAUUUUUACAGAAUGCAUAACGAAUUUUAAUCUGUAAAUAAAUUAUUUUUCUAAUUUCAGUCUUUAGUUCGAUACUUUACCAUCGAGUUAUCAUCGGGUUUAUAUUCUUUGUUAUUUUAUGAAUGUCCUGGUUACUUGUUUUUAGUUUUACGGAUGUAAUCCACAAUGUGCGAAAGAAAUUUCUUCGGAUCGUAUGUCAUAAAAUUCGAGGACAAAGAUAAAAAGAAGAAAUAACAUUUUCGCUACUUUACAUGUCGGUACGAGAGAAGCGAUUGGCUUUAUAUAGUAGAUUUAUCUAUGUAUAUUAUAUAUAUAUAUAUAUAAAACACACACACACAGAGACACACAUAUAGAGAUACAACAUAUGUGCGUACACAUGCACGCGCACAUACAUACACCUACAUAUACAUAUACGCUCUUGUCUAUUCUUACACGAGACUCGAGUCCCUUUUACAAGUAUUAUAAAAAAAACUGUAAUUCACGUGCACGAUAUGUAUCGACGCGUUAGCAAAGAGGGCCUAAUUACCCAGGCACCGUUUUUGCGAUUGCCAAGUAAGCGGAAAUCGAAAAAACGCGCGAGAAAAAAUAGGGGAGAAUGCAAAAGAGUGUGAAUGUGUCAGAAAGAAAGACAAAAAGAGUAUCGAAAGUCAACACAGUGCUUUUUUGGAUACUCCGUUCUUUGUCAUUAAUUACAUUCCAAACUUUGUCUUGCCGUGUUUACAUCAUCAGAUAACAAAUGGCUUUCUCUUCCUAAAAAAAGAAAGGGAAAAAAGCGAAGAACUUUCAUUUAACAAACUACUGUUAAAUAGUAACAUUACUUACUAAUAUUUGCUCACUUAUUUUUCUUUCCUUAAUUGUUUUCUUUUAUUAAAAGACCAACUUCGAAAUCCACAAAGACUGUGUUACUCUUCGAUGUAGUUGAUUCCGAAGGAUCGAAAGGGAUGUGUUCCAGCUCGGUCUUUCGGGACAGGAAUAUAUUUACACAUAUACACUUCAUAUUCAUAUAUUAUAUCUCUCUGUACAUAUCCUAACGACUUUUAAAUAUUAAUUAUCCAACGUUCUCGAAAAAAAUUUUUAAGCGUAUUUACCGGUAAUUAAGAUACUUCGUAAUGCAUCAUCAAGAAAUCUAAAUCAUUUUCUUUUCUUCAGGCCCGAUGCAACAAAUCUAUUGUUAUCUUUGUUCUUUCUCUCGUCAUCUUUUGCAUUUUAGCGUACCAGGCUCUUACAUCAUUCCACAUGCAUUUAUAAUACUCUCGAAAAGAAUCGAAUUUUUAUCGAGAAUUCAGAAUAUCGAGAAUAUUAUUUUGUUUAUUACAAUUGAGAUACCGACAUGUUUCUAACAAUUCUUUUAGAUGCAAGAAAUUUUUUAUAAGAAAUAAAUUUUAUACUAAACCAUAUGAAAUAUAUAUUUUUUAUAAUACAAAUUGGAAUGCGGAAUUCUCGAUGGAAAUUGUAUAUUAUUCCAAUAAAAUCAUGUUAACUUUUUAAUGGCGUCAUAAAUUUAAAGGAGCUUGGACGCUUCGUAGUUAACAUACUCUUUUCUUUUAAUGAAAUUCGGCAGGAAACUAUACAAUGCGAACACGCGAGAAUGUUUAUUGCUCGAGAAACGUAAGUUAAGACGGGCCGCAUUUUCUUCCGUUCUUUAUUUUAUUUAUACCAUGCCUCAUUCUGUUGUUUUAAUUAUUUAUAACCCCGAGAUAUAUUCGUCUAUAUAACGCGGACAGCAAGCAACAGAAUAUCUUUUGUAUUUAAUUUGUUUAAUAAAACUUGAAUCACACAUAAUACAAUGUCUCCCGUCUUUUCAGUUUCGUUUGUUUGUUGUGAUCCUGUCCCGCACAUCGAGAUCCAUCUUCCACGCUUAUUUAUUAACGAUUCAUAAUGGUACAAAAACUAAUACUUUGAUAAAAUUUCUUAAAGUUUAUACACGUAUACACAUUUUUACUUCGCAAAAUACAGCAAAGAAAAAGUAUGACACAGAGAGAAUUUAUAUUUAAAAAAUGAGUUAUAUUCUCUGUCGAGAUAUAGCGUGAAAAGAUAGCACACGUCUAAAAGGUGUGCUGCAAAAAGAAGAUUAUUGCAUCUACGGAGAGCAAUAGUCUUAUCUUUACAAGUUUUAUUUUCAGACUUGUUCUUUAAAUGUCAUACAUAUUUCUAGAACUCGAAAAUAUUUAAAAAUAAGGAUAUUCGCCCCUUUUGUUUUGUUUUUUAUGUUAGAAAUUAUAUUGCUUUGUCUUUAUCACGAUUUUAGAAUCGAGUAUCUUCAAACUUCGAGUUUUAAUUUGUAUUAACAAACCACUACGUACGGUAUUUUUUUAGCGAAGAGAGGAGGUACAUCGAACUUUUGAAUUCAAUUAUCCUUCUGGAUAUAUAUUCAUUAAGUAGCGAAAAGCCAGGCGCUUUUCGGGAUAUAAAGGACCACGAAGCUCGUUAAUUUCCCUAGUGGAAAAAUGUUUCUUAGAAUUCUCGCGCGUUCGAAGUAUAAAGCGUAAGUAUUACGCGACUGAAUAUAAUCAGUACCGUGCGUAGCGGGUCAUCCGUUGGAACGAAAUUGAUAAAUGAAACUACUACUACUAUUUUGUACGACAUGAUGUUUUGUAUAAUCUGUCUACCAUACGUGUAGAGAGGCGAAGAGAAAAGUCUACCAAUCACUAUAUAAGUGGCAAAAUAUUAUAUUGAAUGCAUAUUUAAGAUUACCAUUUGUAGAUUUGCGCGCAUAGGUGUUAUAGUCCCAUUAAUGUAAAUCCCUCCCAGCAAAACAAUUAUAUGAACAAUUAAAGAAUUGGUAAGGAA